AUGGCUCCAGUUCGCCGCAUUGCCCAAAUCGUCCACCUCAAGCCCUCCGCCGUGGCCGCGUACAAGGAGUGCCACGCCAACGUCUGGCCCGAGGUCCUGCAGCAGAUCAAGGACUGCAAUAUCACAGAUUAUUCUAUUUUCUUCGACAAUGACCGCACCCUAUUCGCGACUAUGAAGUACGUCGGCACAGACUUCGAGGGCGAUAUGGAGCGUAUGCGGGCGAACCCGAAGGUUAGGGAGUGGUGGGCCAUGACCGAUGGGAUGCAGGAGAGUCCCAUUCCCGGCGCUGUUGGCAGUGCCGAUGGCCCUGGGUGGUGGAAGCCUUUGGAUGAGGUGUUCUACUACGAGUAA